AUGGCAACCGACGUCGCCCAUGCGAAUGUGAUUAGAGCACGUUAUAAAACCUUGCGUCCUGCCACAUCGUUUCAAGGAGAAGAGAUCAUUUUGGCACGUCAUGCAGAAACAAUAGCCGAAGUAUUCCCAGAUUGGAUAGAACGCUGCAAACUUGAUGGUGCUUACUAUCAACCAUUCGACUUGAACGUACCUGUGCGUUUGCCGAAACGAAUGAAUAUGAUAGAAGCCUACCAGUGUGAUCCUCCUGUUAGUGAAGUUGGUCGCAUUAUGGCACAGCUAUUCGCUCGCGAGUUAGUGUCGCGCAACGCUAUUCCAAAAACUAUUUUCUGCUCACCAACAUUGGCGAGUUUGCAAACUGCAACGGAUAUUCAGAACUAUAUUGGGAAAGAAUGUGGGCCCACAUGUAUCGAUGCAUCACUGGCUUCCGAUAGAAGUAGUGCACAACACUGGUUGGGUGAGAAGGAACUGUCCAAGCUCAAGUUCCACAUAAACAACUCCUACAGUCCCAUCGAAGUUGAGGUGAAUGACAACGGUUUGAAAAGCAUUGCUGAAGGCAUGGUGAAAGUGAUCCCCAAGUUAUCGGACGCACAAGGCAUAGUUCUUGUCAUAACGGAUUCGAUGGCUGUGAAAAUGCUGAGAGAUCUGUCGACAAAUUAUGAUCCUGGGGAUCGCACUGAAAAGGAUCUCCGUGGAAGCGCAGCUCACGGUUACCCCGCAAUGUCGUCAAUCGUCCUGAAUGUGCGUCAAUCGCGUAACGGCAAGAAACGUAUCUACCCCUCUCGUCUCUUUAUGCGUCCUCUGACAUCCAUUGGUGAAUGUACCCAGACCGACUUCGACAUCGACAACUAUAGAGCCAAGACAUAAAGAUCGAUAAUUGAUUUUAUUGAUCGGUGAAAGAACUAAAUCGAUCAUUAAACGCUUUGGUCGUA